AAUUUCCACCACACAACCUAAUCAUCAUAGCAAGCGUUCAUUAUAUCUAGAUAGACCUAUACAUAUAUACAUAUAUAUUAUCAUCAUCAAACUUCUCUAGAACCCAUCCAUUUCUGGAUCCAUUAUAUUCUUCAGCUCAAAGUUCAACAAACAUUAAAUCAUGAAUGCACUCAAACUUUACAAGCUGGGAAAUCAGCACGCAUUGCUUUCAUGGAGUUAUUCAGCCGCCCCAAGAUCACCGGCAAGAGUACCGCGUGCUUACACUGUUCUUGCGCCGCUCAAGAGGCCGAGAAAUCUCCGAGUAAAAGCGAGUAGCUCCGGCGCCGGCGCCGGCGGAGAAGGACAGAAUUCUAGCCGGCGUACUUUCUUGACGCUUGAAGAAGCCGGCCUGGUUGAAAUCUCCGGCCUCGACGCUCACGAGCGCUUCCUCUGCCGUUUAACGAUAUCAUCACUAAAUUUACUGAAAGUAAUAUCAGAGCAAGAAGGGUGUCCAAUCGAGGAGCUGAAUGCAGGAAGAAUAUGUGAUUGGUUUUUGAAAGACAAGCUCAAGAGAGAGCAGAAUUUGGAGUCUGCAGUUCUUCAAUGGGAUAGCUCUGAAUUCCAAUUUUAAAACCCUCCUCUCUCUUUUAUUUCUUAAUAUUUUUUUCUUUACUUUUUGUCAAUCUAAACAUGCUUUUAUUUACAUAUUUAUUUAAUUUUGAUAUGGUGCAAAUAUGCCUCUAUAAUUUUUUAUUUUAUUUUACUUUUUUACAUUUAUGCUUUUAUUAGUAAUACUAGAAAAUUCCUUCUAUUUU